CUUGUCAUUUUCGGAUUUUCACUCCAGCAUCAACAUGUCGUUCUUUUCCAACCUAUCCAACAUGGUGAAGGACCCGAACGUGCUAAGCAAAGUCGAGUCCAUUGGCAACCAGCUCAUCGACACGCACUUGAGUGGAAAGGACGGCAACAACACCGACAAAGAUGCCAUUGCUGCGCCCGCGCCAGAAGAAGCCUGGGAACAAACCAAACACACCAACGACGACUCGACCAAGAAAGCAUUGUUCAUUGGGAUCAACUACGCUGGCACGCAAUCCGAACUUCGAGGGUGCAUCAAGGACGUGGAGAACUUGCAGCGCUUCGUCAAGGACCGAUGCGGGUUCCCUGAAAACAACCUCCGUCAAUUGACGGACGACUUGCAAGGCGAGAACCGCCCCACGCGCGCCAACAUCCUCGCUGGCAUGCGCUGGCUCGUAGAAAACGCUCGUCCCGGCGACUCUUUGUUUUUGCACUACAGCGGCCAUGGCUCUCAGCAAAAAGAUGAAGAUGGAGAUGAAGCUGAUGGCAAGGACGAAACAAUCUGCCCCGUUGACUACGACACAGCCGGCAUGAUUACCGACGACGAAAUGCACUCGAUUCUGUGCGCGUCGUUGCCGGCGGGGGUGAAACUGACGGCAAUUUUCGACUGCUGCCACUCUGGGUCGGCGCUCGAUCUCCCGUUUAUGUACACUGUGGACGGCAACUUGGACAUCCACCAACAAGACAAUCGUGCCGUAGCCGCCAAGCACAUACUCAAUGCUGGGUUGGAUUUCUUGCGAGGCAAUAGCGACAAGGCCAAGUCUGGGUUCCAGGCCGGAGUCGAAGCAUACAAGGCCCCGGCGUCUGAAAAGCAAGGCCCUGUGGCCGAGACCAGCGUGAAGGAUCGCACGACCGCGGCGGACGUGAUCCUCCUCAGCGGCUGCAAGGACACGCAAACGAGCGCCGACGCCACCAUCGACGGGUCGGCCACCGGCGCCAUGUCGUAUGCGUUCAUUGCCACGAUGGACAAGUUUUCGCUGGACGUGACGUACCAAGACCUGCUCAAGGCCCUGCGCGAGUUUAUGUACUCGAAAUACACGCAAGUGCCGUGCUUGUCGGCGGGGCGUGCGCUCACGAUGAAGGUCAAGUUUGCCUUGUAGGGUAUUAAUACUGUGAAUGUUCUCGCUGACUGAAUGAAGAGAAGCAUAAUGAGCUCACUUGUACUUACUUAACAGACUCGUUUACAGCUUUCACCUUGAGAAAGGCAUGCAAAGCACUGAAAGGCUGGUGUGAAGCAUAGCACGUAGAAUGCUCG